AUGACCGACAAGCCCGUCGAGUACACAUUCAAGCCGUCUCCGGCAUCAGAAUCAUACGCCUGCUAUUCCGAUGGCAAUACGAUACUCGUGCUUAGUACCGAUCAUGUGGACCUCGGCGCACUCAAAUUCGCUGAAGGCACGGCGCUCAUCUAUGCCGAGACAGUCACCCAUUUCGGAGGACAUAUCGGCUCCGGGAAAAAAAGGCGGAUGACAGGAGUACCGCUCCCAACGGAGAUGGGCAACAUGGCGGCGAUGGUAAACCAGGGGGACGAGGUGGCAAUACUCUUGGUGAGAAAGGCACUAGUGGCAAUGGCGGCAACGGGGCAAGGCCGUACGUAUGGUACAUACAGACUUUAG